AUGGCUUCGCUCUAUCAGAGAUUUACGGGAAAGAUCAACACUAACAAAUCUUUUCCGCACCCACCUGAGGCCAGCCACCUUUUGGGCGGACAGGUCGUCGACGAGGAAAAAGCUGGGAAGAACCCUGAAACCACAGCAGACGGUCGUCUACGCGUCCAGUACAGAAAGAGAAAUGUCUGCGAGGACGAGGACGAGUUGGUGGGCAGCGCUCCGCCGCAGAGGAACUGGAAAGGGAUCGCCAUCGCCCUGCUGGUCAUCCUCUUCAUCCUCUCCCUCAUCGUCACCUCCGUCAUCCUGCUCACGCCAAAUGAGGAUGACAGCCUGGCGCUGAAGAGUAAGAUAACGGUGGACCAUGUCUUCAGCAAAGACCUUCAAAUCCAUGAUCCCGAGGCCACGUGGCUUAGUGACAAUGAAGUGCUGUACCGCACCAGAGCUGGAGACCUGGUCAAGCUCAACGUGGAGACCAACAGGACAGACCUGCUGGUGGAGGCAGCCAUGUUUAAGAGACAUUCUGCAAGCAAGUACCAGGUGUCUCCUGACAUGGCUUACGUGCUUUUGGCCGUCAACAUUGAGCCAAUCUAUCAGCAUUCUUACAUGGCAGACUACAUCAUCUGUAGUCUUACAACACCAGAUGCCUACCCUCUGAACCCCUCGGAAGUCCGCAGCAGCAAGCUGCAGUAUGCCGGAUGGGGUCCCAAGGGCCAGCAACUGAUUUUCAUCUUUGAGAACAAUAUCUACUACCGGCCUGCAGUGGACGAGAGAACCAUACGCCUGGUGUCGACCGGGGAGGAAGGUGUGGUGUUCAACGGCCUGGGUGACUGGCUGUACGAAGAGGAAAUAUUCCAGACUCACAUCGCCCACUGGUGGUCCCCCGAUGGGCACAGGCUGGCAUACGCCACCAUCAACGACACCCAGGUGCCCAAGAUGGAGAUGCCCAUGUUCAUUGGCACCCCUUACCCCAUGGCACAGGAGUACCGUUACCCCAAGGCUGGGGAGGAGAACCCUGUUAUCCAAGUGUCCGUGGUGAGUCUGAACGGGCCCCCUCACAUUGUCCAGAUGAAGAAGCCGGAUGACCCUCGCAUCGGGAAGGAGUACUACAUCACCAUGGUGAGGUGGGCCACCAGCACCAAACUGGCAGUCAACUGGCUGAACAGAGCCCAGAACAACUCCAUCCUCACACUGUGCGAAGCCACAACAGGAAUCUGCACUAAGAAACACGAGGACGAGAGUGCAAGCUGGCUGCACCGACAGAGCGAGUCUCCGCUGUUUUCCGAGGAUGGCCUGCGCUUCUUCUUCACCAGAGCCCAAGGGGGAGGAGGCAAUUUCUUCCACAUCACCAUGUCAUCCUCUCAGCCCAACAGCAGCAUAGACACACUGCAGUCAGUGACCUCAGGAAACUGGGACGUUACGCAGAUCCUGGCCUACAGCAAGGAAAGGCAGCUGAUAUAUUUUUUGCGCACUGAAGAGGACGAUCCAAGUCGCAGACACCUUUACAGUGCAGACACCUUUGCCCCUUUCAACCGCCGCUGCCUUUCCUGUGAUCUGAAGUGUGGCUACGUGAGUGGAUCCUUCAGUCCAGACACACACUACUUCCUGCUGAACUGCAGAGGUCCUGCAGUGCCCUACACUGCAGUGUACAGUGUCACAGACGGACAGUUUCAGAGGCUGCUUGAUGUGGAGACCAAUGAGGCUUUGAACGACACCGUGAACAAUAUGCAGAUGCCCCUGCUAGAAUACAAGAACAUCACGAUAGACGGCCACAUUCUUCCUGUGCAGAUUGUAAAGCCGGCUACAUUCCAAGACACAUCACUCUACCCACUUCUUUUAGUUGUUGACGGCACACCUGGUAGUCAGCAGGUGUCGGAGCAGUUCCAGGUGGACUGGACCUCCGUGCUGGUCAGCAGCUACAGCACCAUCGUCAUGCGCUUCGACGGCCGAGGCAGCGGCUACCGCGGCACAGACUUCCUCCACACCGUGCAGCGUAAGCUGGGCCACCUGGAGAAGAGCGAUCAGCUGGAGGCGCUCAGCAUCGUCUCCAAAGAGAGCUACAUUGACAAGACUCGAAUGGGAGUGUAUGGAAAGGUGUACGGAGGUUUCGUGGCUACACUGCUGCUGGGCUCCGAGACGUCAGAACUGAAGUGUGGAGCAGCCGUGUCACCCAUCACAGACUUCAACUUAUAUGCCUCCGCAUUCUCAGAAAGGUACCUUGGCCUGAAGAAGACCAACCCACGGGCGUAUGAGGUGGCAAAUUUAGAAUACCGAACAGAACAGUUUCAGGACAAGAAGUACCUGCUUAUUCACCCUACAGCAGAUGAAAAAGUUCAUUUCCAGCACACAGCGAAAUUCAUCACCCAGCUGGUCCAGCAGCAGGCUAAUUACAGCCUCCAGAUCUACCCUGACGAGGGCCAUUUCCUGCACCACAACCCCAGCCUAAAGCAGCACCUGAGCCAGUCGCUGGUCAACUUCUUUGAGGAGUGUUUCCAGCCACCAAAGAUCCUGACCGAGGAGGACCUGGAGCAGGACGGAGAGGACGACGGCUAAACAUGUGGCCACCGCCACCGCCACCACUACAACCACCACUACAACCACCUGCCUCCAGCACAACCCCAUCCGCCCUCAAGAAGCACACAAACCCUCCUGCAACACCCUCAUGGCUCCCCGAUAAUGUAACUGCUCCGCAUCAUUUGCCCUCGCCAUCUGACCUUGCUCCCCUCUCUCGCCAGUUCACUCUUCCAAAGGAUGGGGUCCUCUCCCUCAGCAUCUGCAUGCAUUAACCCCACUUGGACAUGGAGUCUUAUCUGCUACAUACUAUACAGGCUGCUGAGGAAGAGGGGAGGGGGGGCAGUAGUUGUGGACAUGGUGGCCUGUUAGGGACAUACUGUAAGGACAUGAUCUGUUAUAAUCUCUGUACCAUUUCCCCCCCGCCAUAUUCUCAUUCUGAUCACGGUAGCCUAUAUCCCCCCUUGAUCUGGUGUGUGCAACAGCAGUGGAGAUAGCUGUGCACAGGGAGCCCUCUGCUGGGCUGUGGAGGUAGUGCACCAGAUGGAGCAAGCUUUUGGGGACUGCAAAGGGGAGACCGUAUGAUUCUCAUCAAGGACAUUGUAGCACACCAAGCCCUACGACUACUACUCCUCUGAAAGAGACAGUAUCUGUCAGUGAUAUCCAGGGACAUAGCGUUCACCCUAGCAUCUCCUCACAUUCGUCUGCUGUAAAACCCUGUGUGCUUAUCUGGCAAUGUCACGACGUGACAUGCCCCUCUUCAGACUUUGUUCCAGUCCUGUCCUGUCCUUUAUAUUGAAUUUCUUGAAGCGUUCAGUUUUGUGUUGCAGUACUGUAGCUUUAAGUGGGUGUGUGAAAUGGUCGCGCAGGUUAGUUACUGGUCAUUACUGUACAGUAAGGGCACAAAAUGCCAAGAGGGCCAUAACAUACAUACAUACAUACAUA